AUGACCAGUUCGGACACGACCGUGGCGCCUAUAGGCGCGACGGCGGUGGAGGAGGAUAUUCGCAACAUUGUGGAGGGGGCGGCGCAGCGGCAAGAAUUGGAGUCUAGCGUCGAUGUCUUUCUGCGGAGUAAUGCGAGACACAAGGCAGCUGAUGUUUUGCUGGCACUCUCUGCAUACACGUUUGGCGGCCUCAUGCACGUGCGUGGUCAAGGCACGGCACUCACAAGUCUUUCCAUGUGGGCCUCAGGCACCACCUUCCUUCUUAACAUGCAGGUGCGCAAAGUAUUUGAAAUUGAGGAUGCAGCAAGGCGUCAUCAGGUGGCGGCAGGAAUGAGCCUAGAAGAGAAGAACGUGUUUCAAUUGGAAACGGUGGCGUCGUGGGUCUGGAUGCUUACUUCGAUGCAGCAGUUCAAAGCUUAUAAACUUAUGAAGUAUUGCGGCUACAGCAGUUGGACGGGAUUAGGUUGUUGUAUGUACUUCACGCUGCGGCACAUGUACAAUGUGAUGUUGCUUGACUAG